AUGGUACCUUGCUGUAGAUCAACAUAUUGGAAUGAAUUGGCUGCUUGCUAUCUUCGAAUGCAUGGACUCAAUGGAGAUAUUAGUUUCUUCAGCUUUGGGACUUGGGUCUGGCAUCCGGUUCUUUUGGCAUUGAACUUUGGAUGUUGGAUUUCUCAACAUUGUGGUCUCAGUGUUCUUUUUUGUAGGACGGUAUCAGUAAAAUUGAGCUUCCUGGAUCUUGAGAUGAUAGGAUUAGUCUCUUCAAUUUUUGGUCAGCAUCUUUCGUUUUAUUCAGUUCAUCUGAUAUGCAAUAUAUUAGGGGAUCUGGGAUUGGUAUAUGAGAUUUUAAAGGCCCAAGACGCCCAUUUAGAAACUUUGACUUUGACUUUGGCUUUGAAUUCAGACUUAGAAUUUGGAUUUAGAAUUUUUUCUUGUGGAUUUAUUCAACUAUGGCUUUGGAUUCAAAUUUUCUUUUAAUAGGUUGCUUUGAUUCAACUGCUAAUUUUAUUUUUUACUUGAACUUGGAUUUUCUUUAGGUG